AUGUCUAAAGUUUAUUCGCACAACUUCAUUACCUUGUGUAUUCUUCAAGCAAACGCAUGCACAAGUGGCUUUUUGAAAACGGCACACUCGCCACGUACACUGCAAAUCGACUUUCGAUCUCAGCUGAUCCCUUCGGUGUCAGGAAAACUGUACUUGAAGAUGAUACAACAGGCUGAUGAAAAUUUACAAGUAUAUGAGAAGCCUGAAGCUACGUUUAUUGCUUUGGACAGCGAAUAUUAUGAAUCAGACGUCAUAUUCUCCCCGUUGAAUAAACGAGGAUGGACCUUCCAAGAGGGCGAAUUAUCGCCACGUAAACUUCUCUUUGGAAAUACUUCAACCUAUAUUAUAUGCGGGCAAUUGCGAGAAUCUGCAGAAGGGUUGCCAUUUGACGACAGGAGUUUUUUCCAGUUGGCAAACACAGCUUCGAUGUAUGCUUCGACAGACGCUUCGACAGACGCUUUUGAUGACUGGUAUACCUUGGUGCAGCUUUACUCUCGGAGAGAGCUUUCAUACGCGCAAGAUACAUUACCGGCUAUUUCUGCCUUUGCCAGAACUACAUCGGAUAAAUUGUCCGAUCAGAAAUAUCUGGCAGGUCUAUGGAGAGCUGAUCUACCAAGGGGACUUUUCUGGGUUGGAGAACCGCAGAGGAAAGACGGUCGUCUCGAGCCACGCUCUAUUACCUACGUAGCACCAUCGUGGAGUUGGGCGUGUCAUCCAAACAAUAUAGAAUGGCUUGGAGGGAGCGCAAAUAGUUCUUACACAUUUUCGCCCAGAUUUGUGCUCCAGAAUGUGGACAUUUCUACGAAUGAAUUAAAUCCCUACGGCCUUGUCUACAGUGGAUAUAUACAAAUCCAUUGCAAAAUAUUUCAGGUACCACUUGAAGCGCAAGAUGAACCCGGAAUGCGUAUCGCAGAUGGGAGCGAGCAACGACUAGGGACAGACUUUGAGAUUUUACUAUCAGAAGAUACCGAAUAUAUCUCUCACAUUCGCCUGGACUGGAUGACUCACGAACGCCAAUACAAGCAAACUCAACCAUUAUAUAUGGCUUUGAUUGCGAGUAUUAGCCUGAGUGAAGGGAAUAUGAGGUAUUUUAAGCAUGUUACUGAUCCUGAAGUCAUGAUGGGACUCCUCUUACAGUCGGCGGGAACCGUGAACGAGUUUAUGAGAGCUGGUGUGUGGUAUUCCGAGCAUACUGGACUUGGCGGAAAGAAAUUUUGGGACGAUAUUCAGUCGGAAUCUAUCAAGCUUAUCUAA